CUCACCCUAUGGGACACUCAAUCACAGCCAGUUGUGAUACAGCCUGGAACUGAAUUAGGGUCUGUAGUGGUGCCUCUAGCACUGAGAUGCAGUGCUUUACACCGCUGAGCCACUCAGGAGCCCCAGCUUUCACUGUAUUGGAUGUGUAAUCGAUGUCCUAUAGUUGAUGUUAAACAUUUGUUUAAAUGGAUGUUUAACUUUUUAUUUAAAUCCAGCUUGGGUUUGAUUAUUUUGCUUUACCAUGUGCCAGGAAAAAUAGCUCCAGUCAAUGUCCUGGACUGCAAUUCAGCUGAACAAAAUCUUAUUUUCCUUCUCAAGUAUAUCAUGCUGUAAACUUAUUCAACUUGUAUAUUUUGUAAUUGGUGACUUUCAGGCUUUAUACAGAAAGAAAAAAAGUGGCCAUAUAUGCAAAAUUGUAUAUGAUGCAAAACAUUUACUGGAAAACUGUUGGAUUAGUAAAAGUGUGCCCUAUGCCCUGAACCCUUUAUCCGCUUAACAAAGAACACAGUGUCUGAGCUUAGAUCACAGUGGGAGAAAAAGGUUCCCGCACACGGCUGACACAAACUAUAGUAAAUAUUUGGGCUCUCAUGCUUUUUUCAGUGGAAGUAAAAUAUUGAAGUAGGCAGAGCUUGUGCUUCCCAAUUCAAGCUUGUACACACACACACACACGCAUGGGCACGCAUCCAAUCACGCACGUACACACACAUGCACCCACAGAUUGUGGGUACACCUCUGUUCUGGAUCUCCACAGAGUGUGAUGUCAGAGGUCAGGGAGAACAGUGAACGGGAGGUGUGUAUGGGUGAACAUGUGUAUUGGAGCACUAGGACAGAGCCAUUCCUCUCCAGUAUAAAUACUGGGUCCUGGUGGAGACGGGUAGAAAAGUGAUGCAUACACCUUCAGGACUGUGUGAAAAGACAAAAGAGGAGUCAAACGUAUCAUAAAAGGAGGUUACACGGCAGAGAAGAGAAGAUUCACAGAGGAGUUAUUCACCACAAAGAGUGGAGAAUGGCCGACCAAAACGGUGUAUUCAUGGGGAUGGACCUGCGUUGCCAGGUGAACAGCCAUGCCCAUCGUACAGAGGAGAUGGACGUGGAAAGGCUGCUGGUUCGUAGGGGGCAGCCCUUCUCCCUUGCCUUGCAGUGCUUCACAACCCUGCCCCCUAAACACAAACUAGCCAUGAUCUUGCAUCUAGGUAAGGAGGGUGAGGUGGUUGUGAAGGUGUUGGAUGCCCGUGCUGGCAGUGACAAGUGGUGGUUCCGCCAGCAGGGGGCUCAGAGUGAGGUGCUGCUGACGAUCCACAGCCCAGCAGACGCCCCUGUGGGACUCUACAGUGUGACAGUGCUGCUCCUCUCCCCUGACGGACACAUCCUGGAGAAGACAACACCAGACACGUUCUACCUGCUCUUCAACCCCUGGUGCAAAGCUGACUCUGUGUACCUCCCUGAUGAGGAGCUGCUAGAGGAGUACAUCCUGAAUGAAAAUGGCCUCCUUUACCAGGGUUCCUGGGACCAGAUUUCCUCACUACCCUGGAACUUUGGACAGUUUGAACAAGAUGUGGUGGACAUCUGUUUUGAAAUCCUGGACAAUUCACCUGCUGCACUGACAAACCCAGAGAUGGACACAGCCAACCGAGCAGACCCAGUGUACGUGAGCAGGACAAUUACUGCCAUGGUGAACGCUAAUGAUGACCGUGGCGUGGUGUCGGGGCGUUGGGACGGGAAGUACGAUGACGGGGUGCCGCCCACACGUUGGACUGGCAGUGUGCCCAUCCUCAGGCGCUGGAGUGAGGCCGGGGCACAGAGGGUGCGCUACGGACAGUGCUGGGUGUUCUCAGGCGUAGCCUGUACAGUUCUUCGCUGUCUGGGCAUACCCACUCGCCCAGUUACAAACUACUCCUCUGCCCAUGACACUGAUGGCAACCUGAAUGUGGACUAUCUGUACGAUGAGCAGCUGGAGAGUGUAUCUGAAAGCAGGAAGGACAUGAUCUGGAACUACCAUUGCUGGGUGGAGUCCUGGAUGGACAGGGAGGAUCUUCCUAAAGGCUAUGAUGGGUGGCAGGCUCUGGAUCCCACCCCACAGGAGAGGAGUGAUGGGGUGUACUGUUGUGGGCCCUGUCCAGUGAAGGCAGUGAGGGAUGGUGAUGUGGGGAUGAAGUAUGAUGCAGCCUUCGUGUUCUCUGAGGUGAACGCAGACCUGGUCACCUGGAUAGUCUACCCAGAUGGCCAACGCUCACAAGUUUCCCUCAACCAGAAUACAGUGGGCCAAAACAUCAGCACCAAGAGUGUGUACGGAGACUACAGAGAGGACAUCACUAAACAUUACAAAUACCCCGAAGGUUCAGUGAAGGAGCGUGAGGUGUAUGAGAAGGCAGGACGGCGGGUAACGCAGCCGAAUGGAGCACCAGGGCAGCUGGAGCUGAAGAUCAAACACGCCCAGGCCAUCCUGGGGACAGACUUUGAUGUGAUAGUGGAGGUGCACAACGUGGGUGGGGAGGACACCCCAGCCCAGCUGACUGUGACGUCCAACGCUGUCACCUACAACAGCCUCCACCGGGGGGAGUGCCAUAGGAAGACUGCCAGCCUGACUGUGCCAGCCCAGAAAGCUCAUAAGGAAGUGCUGCGGCUACGGUAUGAUCACUACGGGGCAUGUGUGUCUGAGCAUAACCUGAUCAGGGUCACAGCACUACUCCAGGUCAGCGGCCAGCCCGAAGUCGUCUUACAAGAGGUCAACAUCCAACUGAGCAUGCCUCAGCUCCAUGUCAAGGUAGUGGGAGAUGCAGUUGUAUCUCGGAAAUUGAUUGCCCACAUCAGUUUCACCAAUCCAUUGCCUAUUACCCUCAGAGGGGGCGUGUUUACUGUGGAGGGGGCAGGUCUGACAGCAGCGCGGGAGAUCCAAGCACCAGAUGACAUUGGACCAGGUCAAGAGGUCAAGGUCAAGUUGUCCUUCAAGCCCACCCGAGCAGGCCUGAGAAAACUGAUGGUCGACUUUGAUGCAGACAGAAUAAGGGAUGUUAAAGGCAUUGCCACUUUGAUUGUGAGAAACAAGUGAACGAUCAAUUAACAAUGUAUAUCAUAUCAUGUAUAUUUCUAUAUAAAAAAAAUUACCCUGUAAAUGCAAUAUGAAAGUGAGUUGCAAAAUCAUGUGUUGUUUUUUUCUAUUGUUCUUGAUGAUCUUAUGAAGGGAUUUACAAACCUUGGCAAAGAAAGGUGGGUCUCUGAAUCCAAAAGUAUUGCUAGAGUCCGGAGACUAAAUCUAUUUGUGAGACAAAUAUAACCAUACCCUUUGUCACGUAGAGUAGGCCAGAAGGCUAAACUGAAAAACCUAACCUCUAUCAAAUAAAAUGAUGGCGGAGCCGCAAAAGUACUUCUCUGCAAGGGUGUUUAUUUAUAUAGUGAAUCCGGAAGAAAAACAACAGCCAUCCAAAGUAUACAUUAUGGAGACAGCUUAAAAACAAACCAAAAUGGUUCCCCCCUUGAUCUGAAAGAGAGGCUCCUUUUGUAGGGGAAGCUCCUCCCAUCAGAACAUACCCAGCACUAAUUAAUUAAGCAUUAAGCAAUUACCUUCAUCAAAGCCUACAUUUUCCACUCAGCUAAACAUAAUUAAUUAUAUUUGGAAAGUAUUCAGACCCCCGUGACGUUUUCCACAUUUGUGACUUUUUCCACAUUUUGUUACGUUACUGUCACGUCCUGACCAGUAUAAGGGGUUAUUUGUUAUUGUAGUUUGGUCAGGGCGUGGCAGGGGUGUGUUUGUUUUGUGUUAUCGGGGUUUUGGGGUAUGGUUCUAUGUUUUUGUAUUUCUAUGUUUUUUCUAUGUUGUGUAUUUCUUUGUGUUGGCCUGGUAUGGCUCUCAAUCAGGAACAGCAGCUGUACAUCGUUGUUGCUGAUUGGGAGCCAUACUUAGGUAGCCCUUUUUUCCACCUGUCUUUUGUGGGAAGUUGGUUUUGCACUGCUGUGUAUAGCCUGCAAUACUGUUUAGCUGUCAUUCGUUUUGUGUAAAUGUUCUAAUAAAAAGUAUUAUGAGCAUUCACGUA